GAGGUCGCGCCGCCGCCGCGAGCUCCAUUUCAAUUUUUCCAAGCUGCAGUUGCGGUUGCCGGCGGCGAGGGGAGGUUUUGGGAGAUGGCGGACGGCGGCGGCGGCGGCCCUAGAGAGAGGGGGAAGGAGGAGGAGGAGGAAGACGACGUCGUCUGUCUGGAUCCGUCCUUCUUCGUCGACCGCAGCUACGAGAUGACGACCUUCACCUACGGCUCCCAAGUGCUCCAACUCCUCUGCCUCCGCGCCGCCUCCACUGAUUAUGAUCUUACUGGACAGUUGGUAUGGCCUGGUGCUGUUCUGAUGAACACUUACCUAUCUGAACACCCUGAGACUGUGAAGGGAUGUUCAAUAAUUGAGUUAGGAUCUGGGAUUGGCAUUACCGGCAUAUUGUGCAGCCGUUUCUGCAAAGAGGUGGUCUUGACUGAUCACAAUGAUGAAGUUCUAGAGAUCAUAAAGAAAAAUGUAGAGGUGCAGUCAUGUUCUGAGAAUGCGGAUGCAGUGCUGACAGCUGAGAAGCUCGAGUGGGGAAAUUAUGAUCAUAUAAACAAUAUCAUUGAAAAACAUCCUAGUGGAUUUGAUCUCAUUCUUGGAGCUGAUAUCUGCUUCCAGCAAUCUAGCAUUCCCUAUCUCUUUGAUACUGUAGAGAAGCUUCUUCGUAUGCAGGCCGGUAAAUGUAGAUUCAUAUUGGCUUAUGUAUCACGAGCUAAAGUCAUGGAUGCACUACUACCCAAGGAAGCUGAAAAACGUGGAAUGCUUGUUGAAGAAGUGGACGGGACAAGAACAACCAUCUCAAAUCUCGAAGGAAAGCUAAUGUUCCUGCCUCCAUGUACUUUGAUGGUCUUGGGACUCUCGACCGUCUCGCUAACCAAGAAGUGUCGCGUCAUUUGUAUCGGUGCUAUGGUUUUCGCAAACCAUCAAAGUAUCAAUGAAACGACCAGGCACUGGAAGCCCCUGCGAGGAAUCAAUUAAAGAACUGCUGGAAGCAGUGUGGCAUCAUGUAAGCUUGAGAGGUUCUGAAAAGCUCUGAAUCACCAUGAGCUCGUGCUUGCUGCGCCCUGUAAAACCAUCACUGGAUCUUUGUCAUCCUACAUGUCCUGCAAUGCAUGCUGUAUGAAUCCAACUCUACAUUGUUCUUUAGCCUGUCGUUGCUCUUGCCGUCUUGUUGCGACAACUCGUCAAGGUCUCCUGCCUGAUACAACUUUGGCACAGAGCACGUUGUUUUUGGCUCUCUUUUUUCUCCUGGCUUAGAAGCAGCCCAGAUUUGGAGUUGCUGCAGUAGCAGCCAUGAACUGUACCACAUCUUGUUUGCUGCGCCUGUUGGGCACAGUGCUAACACUGAUGCACUGGACCUGCCUUCAGCUAGACUCCGAAACUGGGCUAAAUUCCAGAAAAUUGUUUGUUCUUCUUUUUCGCCGGUUACAAGGAGAUGAAUACAUGUGGAUACAGUAUAUUGAUAUUCUGGAGUGAA